GGACACGUGAUCGCAAAAUGUUAUAAAUAGAGGCUCCGCAGUCAAUUGUUUGUUCGACACACAGGCGGAGCGAGAACAGACAUGGCGUCGACGAGCCGUGGAGAUGCCCUGGCCCUUCCUAGAGUUACAUGUCCCAACCACCCAGAUGCCAUACUUGUGGAGGACUACAGAGCAGGGGACAUGAUUUGCCCUGAAUGUGGACUAGUAGUAGGUGAUCGUGUAAUCGACGUGGGCUCAGAGUGGAGGACGUUUUCAAAUGAGAAAGCCCUCAAAGAUCCAUCCAGAGUGGGAGACGCCCAAAACCCGCUGCUCAACGGAGGCGACCUCACCACCAUGAUCAGCAAGGGAACAGGUGCAGCUAGUUUUGAUGAAUUUGGUAACUCCAAGUACCAGAACCGGCGGACCAUGAGCAGCUCUGACCGGGCCAUGCUCAACGCCUUUAAAGAAAUCAGCACCAUGGCGGACCGCAUCAACCUGCCCAGGAACAUCAUAGACAGAACGAACAACUUAUUCAAGCAGGUUUAUGAACAGAAGAGUCUAAAGGGUCGAGCCAACGAUGCCAUCGCUUCAGCCUGCCUCUACAUCGCCUGCAGACAAGAAGGUGUACCAAGAACAUUUAAAGAGAUCUGCGCCGUGUCCCGGAUCUCCAAGAAGGAGAUCGGCAGGUGUUUCAAGCUGAUCCUAAAGGCGCUGGAGACCAGCGUGGACCUCAUCACCACCGGAGACUUCAUGUCCCGCUUCUGCUCAAACCUCGGUCUGCCCAAACAGGUGCAAAUGGCGGCCACCUUCAUCGCCAGGAAGGCAGUGGAACUGGACCUGGUGCCCGGCAGAAGCCCCAUCUCUGUGGCUGCAGCCGCCAUCUACAUGGCCUCCCAGGCCUCUGCAGAGAAGAAGACCCAGAAAGAAAUUGGGGAUAUUGCCGGCGUAGCAGAUGUUACAAUCAGGCAGUCAUAUCGACUCAUCUACCCGCGCGCCGCAGAACUCUUCCCUCCGGACUUCAAAUUCGACACCCCCGUCGACAAGCUGCCCCAACUGUGAGGAAGACGCUCCCUGCUCAGUGACGAUAUCUUUCUGCUGUACUUAAAGGAUAUUAUUCUUUCUUUUUAAAAAAAAUUAAAAAUUUGUGUUGGAAGGUU